AUGUCAGCUGAAACCAAACCAAUAAAUAUAAACGAUUUCCAGAUAGCAAUAAGAGAUUUAUCUGAUGAAAAUCUUCAUUCAAUAAAAAAUCAGUUAAUAAAUUCCAUUUCUAAGUUGAAAGACACUAAUGAUAUACUAAAAAAUGAAAUAGUAUCUACCAAAGAGGAAAUUUCUAAUUUGGAAACAAACGAAAGUCAUAGCCAAUUGAAAAGCGAUUUAGAAUUAUAUGGUGAAUCUAUUGAAGAAAAUAAAACAGUAAUUGAAAACCAGAAUCUGCGGUUGGUUGCGUUGGAUGAAGAAUUGAAAAGACGAGGAUUAGUAACCUUAGAGUCAGGGGAUGAAGAAAAUGGCGUCUAUCUUUAA